UAACAGUUCCUGUUUUAGUAUGUAAAUAUUUUAUACUGCAGCGUUCGUACAUAUAAAACGAUGUCGAGUCCGGAGCAAAUUUUGCGCAAAUUGCUCGAUGACAUUGUAAAAGAGAGGGGCUAUAAAGAUCCCAAAAUAUGUGUGAAGCCAAUAUCGACAGGUGGCGCCAACUACACCUCAGUGCUGUUCCUUGUCACAGUGAAGGAGUCUGAUCGUGAAGAUCUCCAGCUGUUUGCCAAAGUCGGUAUCGUCGGUGAGAAAAUGCGCGCUCAAAUGCCAAUACUCUUUUAUGAUAUCGAACGUUUCGCGUAUGAAGAUUUACUGAUAAAGUAUGAGAAAAUACAAAACAAGUAUGAUGUGCCUAUUUCACAGAGACUACGUAUACCCAAGUUUUAUGGCUGUAAUCCGAAUCGUUUUGAAGAAACUAUCGUUCUCGAAGAUCUAGCAGCACAAGGUUUCACUACCUAUGACAGACUAAAGUCCAUAGAUUGGGACUACGCCGCUAAGUCUGUGGAGUCGUUAGCGAGAUUUCACGCUCUCUCUAUACAAUAUGGUAUAGAAUAUCCAGAAGAAUACCAGAAGCGUCUUGAAAGUUUGAAAUUUCAAGAGGAUGCCUUUGUCGCGGUAAUGGAAACAUCAUUUGAGAAACUAAAAGAUAGAGCUUUGAACGUAACAUUGGAAAAGAAUAAAAAUAGAUUAAAGAAGUAUCUAGACAAUAUCAAUGCGAAGACUAUGCUAAACUUUUAUUUAUCGGAUCGCCGUAAGAUUUUAUGCCACGGAGACUAUCGACCGAGCAACUUAAUGCACAGAGUGAAAGAGGACGGCACUCUGGAAGUGGUACCUGUGGACUUUCAAACAAUUCAAGGCACUGCACCGCUGAUAGAUUUGAUGUACUUCAUCUUCACGGGAUCGGAUGAGGAGUUUCGCAGGCGCCACUUCUGGGACCUGGUGGAUCACUACUACCGUGAACUGUGCAGCGCGCUCCGCAACUUCGAGCUCGACCCCCGGAACAUUUACCCAGAGGACGAGUUCAAUCGUGACGUCAAAGAGUUUCUACCAUUCGGUCUCCUAGUGGGAAUAUUUUCACUUCCAAUCAUUACCGUGGACUCGGCGGACGCACCAUGAAUGGACGGCGAGAACGACUUCAGCAGUUUCGUUAACACGAAGACCAGCUCCUUGUAUCCGGCGAGGCUCAACGGAAUCGUCAACGAUUACGUCAGAUGGGAUAUUAUUUAAUUUAAAAUCUUUGUACUUAAUUUAUUUGACGUUGAUAAAUAUACGAAUUCAUUGUUA